AUGGAGGACGACCGGCAAGCCGACGAUGGAGCGGGGGGCACGGAGCAAGAGAAGACCGGUCUCUCGCCCGAGGAGCAGCUCGAGCACGACCGACGUAUGCUCGAACAGCGCUUCCGCCUCCACAAGCGCAUGCGCAAAGAAGCCAAGGAGCGCCUCGAGUUGAUCAAGACCAAGUCGACACGGAAGAAGCAGUCGCAUGUCGACUACCAGAAUCUGCCGCACAAGUGGAAGGACGCUGUCGUGCUCGAGGAGGAGCUCAAACGGCGUGAGCAGCUCAAGGUGCUCCGUGGCCCCGAGCUCGUGCGCCCUUUCCCAGGCCGUAUUCGCACGACGGCGCCCAUCACGCUGGACGCCGACGCCGAGCGACUACAGCAGAUCGAAGAGUACGCCAAGAACGCGGCCAAGAACGAAGCGGCGGCCAACGUCGAGUUCGACGAGUACCUCAAGAUCGACCAGUCCAAGCUGCCGCUGCAUCAGUUUGAUAGCACCGAGUACGAGACCAAGACGCCAGACGAGUGGCUCUCGGUCACCAAGAUGGGUGCGUCGCCCUUCUUUGUCAAGAACGAGUGGCGCUGGCGGCCCUGCGUCGUCGACAGCUACAACUCGAUCACGGAAAAGUACACGAUUCAGUUUCAAGGCUCGGAGAAGCAAAAGCAAGUCCGUCGCAUCAACCUUCGCUUUGACCUCGAAGAUCCCGCUGUCUUUCAGCAACGCAUUGACGAAGCGGUCCGACGCCGAGAGGACGCCAAGGCGCAAAUGCGCUUUGACUACUUUAUUGCGCAGCAAGACGCAGUGGAGCCUCGGGCAAUGGGUCGACCGACGCUCGAAGGCAUCCAUCGCCGAGUGGUCGAGGGCUUGACGCCGGACGUUGGCGUCGAGGAGACUCACGCGGUGCUGCUUCGGAACCUCACGGACGUGGUCAUUCGCGAGUACGCUCGGAGCAUGAAGAAAGCAGUGCUCGCGCACAAGAUCGAGUUUGACGACCAGCUUCGGAUCAAGUACCAGAGCUUGCAUUUGACACCAAUGCCACGGCCGCCCCCCGCCCCCGCGUUCGGAAAAAUUCAAAUUCCCGCCCACCCGUACGAGAAGGCGCAGCGCAUUGUCGGACGGAAGCAUUAUACGGCCAUGGGUGGGUUCCUUCCCGUCCUCAUGAAGAUCUACCACGGCUGGGAAACGUCGUUUCAGAAGCUCACUUUUUGCACAACGUCUCUCGACACGCUCUCGCUACCGUGCCGGCUCGCCGACUUUGACGACGUACAGAUGACGCACUGUUCCAAAGUCACUGAAAUGCUCUCCGUGGACUGGCGCCGCGCCAUCUCGGAGAAUCUCGUCGAUAGCCUGCAAGACACACACGACUUUUUCAUCUCGGAUCGCGACGCCUACGCAUCGGGCGUGCUGCAACGACUCUUGAUGAGCAUUCGCGUGCGCAUGGCGGCGCAGAUGCGCAUGCUUGUGGAACAGUCGACGCAGACGUGGGUCGCGCUUGUGGAGGCCACCAUCAAACGCUGCACGCCCAAGGUGGCUGACAUGGUCGUGCCGGUGGCGUCGGUCUUUGCAGUCGAGCUUGCGAUCGGCGAGACAGGCGUUGUCGAGAUGGUGCCGUCGAGCCAAGAGAUCAAGACGGUCAUGCUUGCUCCACUGGAAACCAUGGUCGCCAACGUCAGUGCGAUCGAGGUCAUUGACCCUGACUUGCUCUCGCUUCUCAACCUCGAGCACCGCAAAUUGUUUGAUAUUUCCGUCAAAGACGAGGUCGUACACGAAACGGUCGUCAAGAUUGCCAGUGCGCGUCGAGAUGUGCUCAAGUACGUGAACGAGUCGAUGAACCAGGUUAUGGGGGUUGCGGACGCGUACGGCAAGCACGCCGAGCUCAUUGGUGUCGACGCAGCGGCGUUCAUGAAGCAAUUCAAGGCCGACCAUCCGUCGCCCAUUUCGCUGGACGUCAUGUGCGACGCGAUCCGACGGUACCACGCGCUCGUGCUCGAGGUUGAGACACUCAGCUUUGACGUGACUGGUUUUCCUCUUGUGUGCGUCAACGCCAUGGGGCUCAAAGCGACGCUGCGGGAGCGCGGGACAGCGAUCCGGGAUGCGCUCAUCGACUAUAUCGUCCUUGACGCGCGGGAGAAGAACAUUGACAUUACGCGGCGCUACCAAUCAAUCUUGAAUCGCAUUACCGAGAAGCCCACGAACGAAGCCGAGCUUGCGGCCCUCAAGGACUUUAUCAACGUUAGCAAGGGCACCAUCGCAGGAAUUGUCAAGGAAGUCGAAGAAAUCCACGAACGGCUCCAUGCGCUGCACGAGUUCUCGCACACCAUCACGGACGACGAUUUUCGACUGGCGUGGAGCACCAAGGAGUGGCCACAGCGCGUCGCGCACGCUGCCGACACGUGCGACUCGGCGCUCGAAGAAGACAAGAUCCGCAUGAUGGACAAGCUUGCGAUGGAAAAGGAGAUAUUCGAAGUCGACCUCGAGCGCUUCGAGAAAGAUGUUGGUCUCUUUCGGUCGUACGGCGAAAUCGACAUGACGGACAAGUACGUCGAGAUGGCGUCCACGCUGUACGAUGCGAUCUGUGAGGCGAAGCUCAAGGCCGACAACUUUAACCAGCGCGAGGCCGUCUUUGGGUUUCGCCCCACCGAGUAUGCGAUGAUCACGAAGCUCGAAGCCGACUUCAAUCCAUACUACAAGCUCUGGACCAUGUGCGCCGAGUUCAACGUCAACAAGCAAGCGUGGCUCACCGGUCCGUUUCUCGAGCUCAAGGGCGGGGAGAUCGAAGCCAACGUCACCGAAUGGUGGAAGGCCAGUUACAAGCUCAGCAAGCAGCUCGCCGAGGAAGCACCGGGGUCGGCCGAGGUCGCGCUCAUUUUGCGCGAGCGCACGGACGAAUUCCGAGCGUACUUGCCCGUGAUCCAGUCACUGGCGUCGCCAGCGCUCCGAGAACGCCACUGGGAGCUGCUCCGCAACAAGAUUGGGCUCGAAGAGACAGACGAAGAGCUCACACUGGCCCAGCUGCUCGAGAAGGGCAUCACGCAACAUAUCGAUACGAUCCAAGAGGUGAGCAUGGUCGCCGAGAAGGAGUAUACGCUCGAGAAGAACCUCAGUGCGAUGAUCAGCGAGUGGGAGCCGAUUGAGUUCGAGUGCCUGCCGUACCGCGAGACGGGCACUUACCUCAUCAAGAGCGUCGACGACAUCAUUGCGCUCCUCGACGACCACAUUGUCAAGACGCAGACGAUGCGCGGGUCUCCGUACGUCAAGAACAUUGAAAAGGAGUGCAAGGCGUGGGAAAAGAAGCUCCAAUACUCGCAGCAACUCAUUGACGAGUGGAUGAGCUGCCAGCGCACGUGGCUGUACCUGGAGGCGAUCUUCAGCUCGGAGGAUAUCAUGCGCCAAAUGCCCACCGAGGCGCGUCGGUUCGCGUCCGUCGACGCGCUCUGGCGCAAAACCAUGGAAGACACGGUCGCGGACCCCAACUUUAUGAACGUCAUCAACAUGGACAAAUUGCUCCAAAAGUUUCAAAAGGCCAACGAAAAGCUCGACGAGAUCCAGAAAGGUCUGAACGACUACCUCGAGAUGAAGCGUCUGUACUUUCCUCGCUUCUUCUUUCUCUCGAACGACGAGCUCCUUGAGAUCCUCAGCCAGACCAAGGAGCCAAAGGCCGUGCAGCCGCAUCUUGGCAAGUGCUUUGAAGGCAUCAACAAGGUCACGUUCACGAACGUCCUUUUGAUUACCGAGAUGAUCUCGAGCCAAGGCGAGGUCGUGACGCUAAAAACGACCGUCAACCCCGAAAGCGCCAAGAACAAGGGCAACGUCGAAAUGUGGCUGCUCGAGCUUGAAAUCAACCAGUGGGACACGAUCCGAGACCACACGGCACGCGCGAUCGGCACCUACCCCCAGGUCAUCCGCGAGCAGUGGAUCUUGCAGUGGCCUGCUCAAGUCGUGCUCGGCGCGUCACAAGUCUACUGGACAACCGAAGUCAACGACGCCAUUACGUCCAAGGGCAAUGAAGGCCUCAAAGAGUACGUGCAAGUGCUCAAUACGCAGCUCGACAAGGUCGUCAUGCUCGUGCGGGGCAACUUGACCAAGCUGGAGCGCACAACGAUCGGUGCGCUCGUUGUCAUUGACGUCCACGCCCGAGACACGAUCGCACACAUGAUUGCAAAGGGCGUUGAGAACGACCAGGACUUUGAGUGGAUUUCGCAGCUGCGCUACUAUUGGAUUGAAGGCGCCAAGGUUGCCAAGCAGUUUGACCUCCAAGCGCGCAUUGUAAACGCGCGCGUCAAGUACGGCUACGAGUACCUCGGCAACACGAUGCGUCUUGUGAUUACGCCGCUCACAGAUCGCUGCUACCGCACGAUGAUGGGUGCCAUCGACUUGCUUUAUGGUGGCGCGCCCGAGGGACCCGCCGGUACGGGCAAGACCGAGACCGUCAAGGAUCUCUCGAAAGCCAUUGCGAUUCAGUGCGUCGUCUUCAACUGCUCCGACGGACUCGACUACCUCGCGAUGGCCAAGUUCUUCAAGGGCCUUGCGGGCUGCGGCUCGUGGUGCUGCUUUGACGAAUUCAACCGCAUCAACAUUGAAGUGCUCAGUGUCAUUGCGCAGCAGAUUUUGACCAUCAACGAAGGCAAGAAGGCCAACGUGGACAAGUUUAUGUUUGAGGGGACGUACAUCAAGCUCAAUGCGAGCGCCAACGUCUUCAUUACCAUGAACCCCGGCUAUGCUGGGCGUGCUGAGCUACCGGAUAACCUCAAGGCACUCUUUCGUCCGUGUGCCAUGAUGGUGCCCGACUAUGCGCUCAUCUCGGAGAUCCGUCUCUACUCGUUUGGGUUUGCAAACGCCCGGGCCAAUGCACGCAAGCUCACGCAAGUGCUGCAGCUCAGCUCGGAGCAGCUGAGUUCGCAAAAGCACUACGACUACGGCAUGCGUGCCGUCAAUUCGAUCCUUGUCGCGGCCGGUAACCUUCGUCAACAACUUGGCGAUGACCCGUUCUGGACUGAAGACAAGAUUGUUCUGCGGUCGGUGCAGGAUGUCAACUUGCCGAAAUUCACGACCGACGAUCUGCCGCUCUUCCGAGGCAUUACGUCCGACUUGUUUCCUGGCGCCGAGAUCCCAUCGCCAGAUCACGGCCGCCUCAUCCCGAUGAUUAACCUCAUGUGCACACAAGGCAUUAGCAUCGCGCCCGACUCGCUCACCAAGCUUCAACCCAAGGCCGAGUUUCGUCAAAAAGUCAUUCAGCUCUACGAGACCGUACUCGUGCGCCAUGGACUCAUGGUCGUUGGCAUCACGGGGAGUGGCAAAACGUGCAUCGUCCAUACGCUAGCAGCUGCGAUCACGGCCGUCUACAACGAAAGCGAGGGCAAGUCGCAGUCGCUCGUGCACGUGCACACGAUGAACCCCAAGUCGAUCACGUCCGGUCAGCUCUACGGCAACUUUGACGAAAACACGCACGAGUGGAGCGACGGCGUCUUGGCCAAAACGUACCGCGACUGCGCACGCGACACGACCGACGACCGGCAGUGGGUCAUGUUCGACGGCCCCGUCGACGCCGUCUGGAUCGAAAACAUGAACACGGUCCUCGACGACAACAAGAAGCUGUGCUUGAUGAGCGGCGAGAUCGUCAAGAUGACGGACCGCAUGACCAUGAUGUUCGAGACCGAGGACCUUGAAGAAGCGAGUCCUGCGACCGUGAGUCGCGUUGGCAUGGUCUUUUUAGAGCCAAAGAACCUCGGCUGGGAGACCCUGCUGAAAACCUGGCUCGAACACUUGCUACCGAGCGACUUGAAGGCGCAGUCGGCGUUUAUCCACAAUCUUUUUGAGUGGCUCGUGCCACCGCUACUAUUCUUUGUCGACAAGAACUGCAUUGUGCCCACGUCCGUCACCUUUCUCGAGCUUGUCGCCAGCUUGAUUCGUCUCUUUGGCUGCAUCCUCGACGUGCCGAUUGCCAAUCUCUCGUCCGACAUUCGAAGCGUUCUCGAAGGCAUGUUUCUGAAGGCACUCGUGUGGUCCCUCGGUGCCUGCGUCGACGCCAAGUCCCGGGUUGCGUUCGACACGUACCUGCGCGCGCUCACGUCGGGUGCGAUUGACAGCAGCAACAAUGAAGCGUACGCCAACUUUCGGCUCAAGAACCCUUCGUAUGCGGUUGCAGCGCGCGCCACGACCGCUGCGUUUCCAGAGGAAGGUCUUGUCUACGACUACCGCUUUGACGGGAAGAAGGCGGCGUGGGUUAACUGGAUGGAGUCGGCGUCGACGGCAGCGAUCCCGCGCGACAUGCCGUUCACGUCGAUCCUGGUGCCGACGAUCGAUACGGAGCGCAACUCAUGGAUUCUCGACACUCUGCUGACGCACCACCACCACGUGCUCGCCACGGGCGACACGGGCACGGGCAAAUCGGUCUCGAUCAAGAAGAAGCUGCUCACGGGGCUGAACGAGACGUUUUCGUCCAUCUUUAUGAACUUUAGUGCCCAAACCAGCGCCAACCAGACCCAAGACAUCAUCGAGUCCAAGCUUGAUAAGCGCCGGAAGGGCGUUUUGGGCCCCCCACUCGGCAUGAGCUGCGUCAUUUUUGUCGACGAUCUCAACAUGCCGGCCAAGGAGACGUAUGGUGCGCAGCCGCCAAUUGAGCUUCUGCGGCAGUGGAUGGGCCACGGCGGGUGGUACAACCGCAAGGACAAUACGUUCUUGCAGCUCGUCGACGUACAGUUCAUUGCGGCCAUGGGCCCACCGGGUGGCGGGCGCACCAAGAUCACGCAGCGCUAUAUUCGCUACUUCAACUUGAUCAACUUUGUGUCGUUCGACUCGACGAGCCUCAAGCUCAUCUUUUCCAAAAUCUCGGACUGGUUCCUCAUGAACUUCCCGGCGUCCAUCAAGGCCAUGACAACGCCUGUCGUCGCGGCCACGAUUGAUAUAUACGACAACAUUUCGUCGACGCUAUUGCCGACGCCGGCCAAGUCGCACUACACUUUCAACCUCCGUGAUCUCUCCAAGGUGUUUCAAGGCAUCUCUCUUGGCACGCCGGACGUGCUCAAAGACCCAAAAGACGUGGUUCGACUCUGGAGCCACGAGUGCCUCCGCGUCUUCCACGACCGUCUCAUUGACCAAAGCGACCGGUCGUGGUUCCUCAACGUCCUCGGCGAGACCGUCGAGACGCACUUUGCGCUCAACUACGUCAAGGACGUCCGAGGGCCCAACGAAGUGCUCAUUUACGGGAAUUUCGGCGACGCCAAGUCGACCAAGAAGAUCUACGCCGAGCUCCGGGACCGCGACACGCUCCAGAAAUCCAUGACGCUCUUUCUUGAAGACUUCAACAACAUGACGUCGGCGCCCAUGAGCCUCGUCCUCUUCCAAAACGCGAUCGAGCACGUCGCGCGCAUCUCGCGGGUCAUCCAUCAGCCGUACGGCAACUCGCUCCUCGUCGGCGUUGGCGGAAGCGGGCGCAAAUCGCUCACGACGCUCGCGGUGUUCAUGGCCGACUUUAAGCUCUUCCAGAUUGAAAUCUCCAAGUCGUACUCGCGCAACGAUUGGCGCAACGAUUUGAAAAAAGUGCUGCAGCUCAGCGGUGUCUCCAACCAGCCGACAGUCUUUCUCUUCUCGGAUACGCAGAUCGUCGAAGAGUCAUACCUCGAGGACAUCAACGGCAUUCUCAACACGGGCGAAGUCGCGAAUCUCUGGGCCAACGACGAGCUCAUGACCAUCAACGAAGGGGUUGAGAGCGCUGCAAACGCCGCGGGCCUCAAUACGAGCAACGCCGCCGAGGUGUACAACUUUUUUGUGAGUCGGUGCCGCACGAAUCUGCACGUGGUGCUCGCGCUGAGUCCGAUCGGCGACGCAUUCCGUCGGCGGCUGCGCAUGUUCCCGUCGCUUGUCAAUUGCUGCACGAUCGAUUGGUUCACCGAGUGGCCGGAAGAGGCGCUUCGGAGUGUCGCCGACCACUUCCUUGUCGACAUCGAAAUGCCGUCCAAGAUGAAGAUUGGUCUCGUCGAUGUGUGCGUCGACAUGCAAGAGCGGGUCUCGAUGAUGUCGCGCGACUUCCUCCAGAGCUUGCGCCGGCACUACUACGUGACGCCGACGUCGUACCUCGAGCUCAUCAACACGUUCAAGAAGCUCCUCAACACCAAGCGCAUGGAAGUGAGCCAAAUGAAGCAGCGCUACGACAAUGGCUUGACCAAACUCAUGGAGACAGCCGAUCAAACCGUUGUCGCUGCCGAAGAGGCCCAGUGCAAUGAACAGGCCGCAGCUGCGAUGGAGAUCAAGACGCAGUGCGAAGCCGGCUUGGCCGAGGCGAUUCCAGCGCUCGAGUCGGCCGUCAAGGCGCUCCAGACGUUGACAAAAGGCGACAUCACCGAAGUCAAGGCCAUGAAGAAGCCGCCGGACGGUGUCAAGCUUGUCAUGGAAGCCGUGUGCAUCAUGAUGAGUGUCGCUCCGCUCAAGAUCAAGGACCCCGCGGGCGGUACGAAAAAGGUCGACGACUACUGGGGACCAGCUCAGAAGACGCUGUUGAACGAUACGCGCUUUCUGCAGAACCUCCUCGAUUACGACAAGGACAACAUCUCGGCUGAAAUCGCUGAGAAGGUCCGGCCGUAUGCAGAGAACCCCGACUUUUCGCCGCCGAUCAUCAAGAAGGCGUCCGUUGCCGCGUCCGGUCUAUGCUCGUGGGUGCAUGCGAUGGUUGUCUACAACCGCGUCUCCAAAGUUGUCGCGCCCAAGCGUGAAGCCCUCAAAGCCGCGACGUUGCAGCUGGAAGCGGCGCAAACGAACCUCAAGGCCAAGCAAGACGCGCUCCAGGUCGUGCUCGACAAGGUCGCUCGCCUCGAGGCCGAUCUCGCGGGCGCGAUGAAGAAGAAGGCGGACUUGCAAUUCCAGGUCGACGACUGCAGCAAGAAGCUCAUUCGCGCCAACCAGCUCAUUGGUGGUCUUGGCGGCGAGCGUUCGCGCUGGCAAGAAAUGAGCGCCAAGCUACAGAUCGUGUACGACAAUGUGAUUGGCGACAUCAUGCUCAGUAGCGGCGUCAUCGCGUACCUCGGCGCGUUCACAUCGGCGUUCCGCGAGAAUGCAGUCGUGCAUUGGAGCGAGCAACUCCAGAUCAAGGGUAUUACGUGCUCGGACAAGUACAGCUUGACGACGACGCUUGGCGACCCAGUGAAAAUUCGCGAGUGGACGAUUUGCAAACUGCCCAACGACUCGUUCUCGAUCGACAAUGCCAUCAUGCUCUUUCGCAGCAACCGCUGGCCCCUCAUGAUUGAUCCGCAAGGCCAAGCCAAUCGGUGGGUCAAAAACAUGGAAGAGAAAUCAAGCAGUCUCAAAGUCGUCAAGCUCACGCAAGCGGGGUUUGUCCGCGCGCUCGAGAACGCCAUUGUCGUCGGCGCGCCGAUGCUCAUUGAGAACCUCGCGGAAGAAAUCGACCCGAUGCUCGAGCCCGUCUUGCUCAAGCAGAUCGUCAAGGCCGGUGGCGUGCUCACGAUCCGACUCGGGGACAACACGGUCGAGUACGACCCCAACUUUCGACUCUACAUGACGACCAAGCUCCGGAACCCGCAUUAUGCGCCGGAAACGUGCGUCAAGGUCAACUUGCUCAAUUUUAUGGCGACCGAGGAAGGACUCCAAGACCAAAUGCUGGGUAUCGUCGUCGCCAAAGAAGAGCCGGUGCUCGAAGCGCAGCGAGAAAAGCUUGUGCUCGAGGACGCGGCCAACAAGAAGACGCUCAAAGAAAUCGAAGACAAGAUUCUCCACAUGCUCCAAACGGCCGAAGGCAACAUCUUGAACGACGAACGCCUCAUUGAGACCCUCGGGGCCUCCAAGAUCACGGCGAAUACGAUCGAAAUCAAGGUCCAGGAGGCCGCCGCGACCCAGCUCAUCAUUGCCGAAAAGCGCGCGGGGUACACACCCGUGGCGUUUCGCGCCUCUCAGCUCUUUUUUGCAUUGCCGAUCUCUCGGUGA